AUGUCGAGUAACGUUGUCGAUUAUCAGCUCACUCUCGGCUUAAACACUGAGGGUGAAUUUUACAAAGUUAAGAGAGAUUGGAUAAUUAGAUUUAGACUUGAUGAAACUCUAAUAAGCAAAAAUGUGAGAUUCUUUACCAACUACCCUGUUGGUGCAAAGAAGUUUGUUCGCACAAAGUAUUACGAAGUGUCAAUUAUACAAGCGAAAAAUACACUUCGGAAAUUAGAUCGAUUUGAUAAUUAUUUUGUCCUGGGACCUCUUCAAUUUAGCGGUGCUUUUCAUUUCGUCUUUACCGCUGAUGAUUCCGCCUUUACAUUAGAUAAGCUAAAUACCAAAACACUCUCUGAACAUGGUGGUCAAGGUUACUUUGUUGUGGAGAGUAAAUUUGCUGUCGGCCAUCCUGAAAAUCUCGAUCGCUUUGCUCAAUGGGACUUGGAAGGUGUGAUGUUGCAGACUUACAUCUCCAAAAAUCUCGGUCCCCUCAAAGAAUGGCGUGAUCGUCUACGAGUUGCUUACGAAUGUGGUUACAAUAUGAUCCACUUUACACCUAUUCAAGAAAUCGGCGCCUCUGGGUCAGGCUAUUCGUUAAAGGAUCAAUUAGUAAUUAAUCCAGACUUCUCUGACCCUGAUACUGGGAAAAAAGUUGGUUGGGAGGAAAUAGGCGAAUUAGUACGCGAAAUUGAAACUGAAUGGUCAAUGCUAAGUAUGGCUGAUUUGGUUCUAAACCACACUGCCACUAAUUCUCCGUGGUUAUUUGAGCAUCCAGAAUGCGGAUACAAUUUAGAGAAUUCUCCGCAUCUUACUCCAGCUUUCUUGGUUGAUCAGGCAGUUUGGCGAGCUACUCUUUUUUGUUCGGAAGGAAAACUUGUUAAUCGUCACAUUCCUCCGGAUUUCGGUUCACAGCAAUCCCAUGUUGAUGCCUUGCGUGAUUAUCUAAUGGACACUUUAAGAAGUAUGAAAUUGCACGAGUUCUAUCAAGCCGAUAUUGAGGCAGUUAAAGAAGAGUUCAGACAAUGGCUAAUUAAGGGAACAGACCCACCUCCCUUUGUGGAUUCAGACAGUUCUCUUCAGCUGAGAAUUAUAGGUACACGAGCUGGUCGUCGUAUGGGUGCGACAGUUGAUUUUGGUAAAGCGCGAGAGAUGUUUGGUCAUGAUUUACCUGACGUCGCAGCGCAUAACCUCGGUCUGCGUCUGGCCGAUAUGAACAGAAAUGAAGAGGAGGCGAUGAAACAUCAUAUGUCAUGUGCGGCUCAUUGUGUAGCUGAUGGAGCACGUUAUAGGUUUUGCGAUCCUAGUGGCCCCCGUUUUGAGGCUGUCACUACUUCUACACCUCUGGUUGAUAGAUACUUCCUUUGUCCCGAAGAUCGCAUGGAAACUGCAGAGGAAGCCGAGCGCUUAGCUCUCAGCGAUCGCCGAAAGUACGUGAUGGCCUGCAAUGGCUGGGUCAUGAACAGUGGCUCGAUUAAAAACUUUGCAGACCUAGAUUCUCGUGUAUUUCUCCGACGUGAAUUAGUUGUUUGGGGCGACUCUGUCAAACUGCGAUACGGAGCUAAACCUGAGGACUGUCCAUACUUGUGGAACCGAAUGUUUGAAUAUGCACGUUUGACAGCCGAAAUUUUCCAUGCAGUCCGUUUAGACAACUGUCACGGCACUCCCAUCCAUGUCGCCCAGGCUGUUUUAGACGUCUGCCGUGAAGUACGACCUGGCAUUUAUGUUCUUGGUGAACUUUUCACAGAUAAUGCCCACACCGACAAUUUCGUUCUUAACAACCUCGGUAUAUGCUCACUUGUUAGAGAGGCUCUUUCAGCAACAGACUGUCGUGAUGAAGGCCGUCUGGUGCACUAUUACGGUGGAGAACAGCCAGCAGGUGGAUUUCCUCAUGCUGUGCUUAAACGCCGUUUACUUCCCACCGUUGCUAAUGCACUAUUCUAUGACCAAACUCAUGACAAUCCCUCUCCAGUCGUCAAACGGACUAUAUAUGAUUUCCUCCCCUCCGCAGCUUUGGUCGCUAUGGCUUCUUGCUCAACAGCCUCUACAAGAGGCUAUGAUGAGUUGGUGCCUUAUCAAAUUGAUGUAGUCUCGGAGAAACGAUUAUAUUCUCUCUGGGAUAAAGAGGUCACAGCGGAUACUGGUAUGAUUCGUGCAAAAUCUGCGCUAAAUCGUCUCCACAGAUGGCUUGCUGCAAACAAUUUCAAUGAAACCUUUGUUGAUCAGGUUGAUACCGAUGUUGUCGCGGUGACAAGAUUUUCUGCUGAUACGGCUGAAUCGGUAGUUAUGGUGAGCCAUUCGUGUUUCUAUGAUCGUCGUGCCCAUCCUGAGCACCAUCCUUUCCGUUGGAUCUACCUUAAUGGACGUGUUCGGCGUAUUUUGAUUGAAGCUCGCACUGUUAAUAAAUCACCUGGACAGGCUUUGGAUGGUUUCAAGAAAAGUGAUGAUUUUAUUAAUGGGCUAACCAACGUUGUCGUUGAAACAAUGGAAGAUGUUGAAAUAGGAAGAAGCAAGAUGUUUAGAGUGCACCACACAGAUGCGAAUGGAGGUACAGACGCUUUGGAAUUCUAUGACUUUCCACCGGGUUGUAUCGUUGCUGUCAGCGUCUCUCUCAGUCCUGUUCAAUCUGAAGCUCUUAGUCGUGUUCGUGGAACCCUUUUGCAUCAAGUAAGCACUUUGAUUUGGAAUUUUGCGUUUUAUGCCAAAGAAACAGAGGCUUAUUUCUUCGGCCGUCGCUUGCGCACUCUGGAUGUUCGUAAAGCGGCACUUAACCCGAAUACAGUGGCUAUUGCUGAUGCUUUGCUUCCACUCUACCCCGACUCUAUUGAACAUGGUCUCAUCAAACGUUUGAUCAGUGAUCUCAGUCUUGCUGAUAUGAACUGGCUACUCUACCGUUGUGCAAGUGAAGAGAAUAUACCUGGUAUCGGUCGUACUCCCUACUACAUACCACGCUAUGGUGAUUUGAUCUACUGUGGUCUGCAGGGUAUUGUGACGGUUAUGCGACACGUUGCGCAGUACAAUGAUAUGGGACAUCCAGCGUGUGGACAUUUGAGAGAUGGCCUGUGGAUUUUGGAUUACUUAUGCGCGAGAAUCAGCGCGGGCGAUCCAUCUAGACCAUCAAAGGAGUUGGAUAGACUAGCUAAAGCACUGCAGCAAUUAUUCCAGCCUAUCUACGCUCUGCCAAAAUAUUUAGUUCCUGCUAGCUUUGGCAUGAUGGUUGGAUGUAUAUAUCAAACUGUCAUGGAGGAACUGAAUACUCGAGUUGGCAAAUGGGUAGAACUGGGCUCCUCAACGGUGCGCAACUUGGUUUCAGCAAGCGUUCAACUUUAUGGUAAAGCGCCAAAUGUAAUUUUGCCCACAAUUCUGCCCGCACCGGCUCUUCAGGGUGCCGAUGACAAUCCUCUGCGCUAUACUUGCAGUCUUGCUGCUGGUUUGCCUCACUUUGCUGAGGGUAUGUGGCGUAACUGGGGUCGUGAUACCUUCAUUGCUCUCAGAGGAUGCCUGGUUCUCACUGAGAGAUUUGAGGAAGCGGCAAAUGCAAUUCUUCAAUACGCUUCCAUCAUGCGCCACGGCCUAAUCCCCAACCUAAUGGGUGAUGGCCAUUGUGUACCUCCACGUUUUAAUGCUCGUGACGCCGUGUGGUACUGGCUCUACUCCAUUUGUGCUUUCGAAGACGCUGUGGCUGCCAAUGAGGGGCUACCCUUGGGUGCUGGUGGAUACAAGAAAUCAAUCCUCUCACGUCCUGUCUUCCGUUGGUUUAUGGACGACUAUUCACCUGGAUGGCCUGAAGAACGUCAUUCAAUCGAUAUCAAUAACCCACCUGCUGAUAGAGUCAUGCCGCUCUAUGAUGUCAUUCAAGAGGCCCUUCAAAAACACGUACUGGGCAUUGCCUUCACGGAGAGAAAUGCUGGGCAACAGCUGGAUGCUCAUAUGACUACUGAAGGUUUUAAUGUUCGGGCUUUCGUUCAAUCUGAAACUGGAUUCAUUUGCGGUGGAAAUCCACACAAUUGUGGAACCUGGAUGGAUAAGAUGGGCAGUUCGGAUAAAGCAGGAAAUCGUGGAAAGCCUGCUACAUCAAGAGAUGGUUGUGCUGUCGAACUGACAGGUCUUGCUUAUGCGGUGAUUACCUGGUUACAGCGGGCUCACAAGGAAAGUGGAGGAAAAUAUUACCCAUACGAUGGUGUUCAAGCACCGGCAAAUUCAGGUACCGAGAGGUGGACUUGGUCUUGUUGGGCUGAAAAGAUUAAGAAUAACUUCGAACCCAGGUUCUGGAUACCUAUUAAAGAUGCAAGUAUUGAUAUUCAACAGGGGUACUAUCGCGAUGUUGUCGAUUGUUCAAAUCCUACUACCGAAACUCAAUUGAGACCUAAUUUCUUGGUUGCUAUGACUGUCGCACCAGAUCUCUUUGAUGCUAGAAAUGCUUGGAAAGCUCUGGAAAUAACAAGAAAGCAGCUGGUUGGACCAUUGGGCUUGAAGACUCUUGAUCCUAGAGAUAAAAAUUAUCGAUCAUCGUAUCACAACAAUGAUGACUCCUAUGACUUCCAUACUGCGCACGGGUUCAACUAUCACCAAGUGAGUUAUUAUUAG